AUGUCGUCAUCCGCCGACAACGACCAGGCUCUUUCGCCCACCACCAAUCUGACCAACCCAAAGUUCCCUGCUGCUGGCACAGGUGUCUACGACACAGCCGCAGAGCAAGCUGCCAAGAAGCAGCACGAGCAGCCCGGAUCCACUGACACCGCCGUGACCAACGACGCACCCAAAGGCAUCCCCAACGAUGGCGACAAGCAGCUCGGUGGAAUGGCCACCGCUCCUACAGGCGCACCCGUCAACACAGGCAGCAAGGAUCCGCGUCAAAUGGUCGGCCAGCCCUCCCUCUUCUCGGCCAAUGAAGAUGGAGAGCGUCCAGCCAUGGUCGAACGAGCAGAGAGUGUUAUGAUCGAGGAGCAGCUCCCCGCCUUCAUGCAGGUCGACGAGAAGCAGCACAAGCACCGUCACCACUACCGUGCCGAGCUCCGACGCCGCUUGCAGAUCAAGAACAAUGCCAUCGCUUUCGUCUCCGAGUUUGUCGGUACCGUCCUCUUCCUCUUCUUCGCUUUCGGUAUCGCUACUCAGGCCACCAACUCGCAAACCACCGCCUCUCCGGACUUUGGUCAGCCAAACCUUCAGGCCUUGCUCUACUCUUCGCUCGGUUUCGGUUUCUCGCUGGCUGUCAAUGCUUGGACCUUCUACCGUGUUUCCGGCGGUCUCUUCAAUCCUGCCGUCACUCUGGCGCUCUUCUUGACCGGCACGCUUGGCUGGUUCCAGCUUAUUCACUUGACCAUCGCUCAGUUCCUUGGUGGUAUUGCGGCUGCUGCCCUCACCGCAGGCAUCCUCCCCGGUAACGUCAACGCACGUACUACGCUCGCAAACGGCACUACUGUCGCACAAGGCUUCUUUUUGGAGUUUUUCCUCACUGCGCAGCUUAUUCUGGCCAUCUUCCUUCUCGCUGCUGAGAAGCACAGAGGUACCUUCCUUGCCCCUGUCGGUAUCGGUCUUGCGCUUUUCCUGGCCGAAUUGCUCGGUACCAACUACACCGGUGGCUCGCUUAACCCUGCCCGAACGCUCGGUCCCAACGUUGUCCGCGGCGAGUUCAACGGCUACGACUGGAUCUACUGGAUCGCCCCUUACGCGGCCGCCAUCAUCACUUCCGGCUUCUACACGCUCCUCAAAUACUUCCAGUACGAGUCGGCCAACAUUGGCCAGGACGCGGACGACUCGAGGCAGGUCUUCAAGGACGCCUAUGGCAACGUCAUUGGUGUGCUCGAGACCAUGGCCGCUUCCGAGUUUGCCUUUGUCAAGCAGACCGCCAUGCGUUCCGACAACGAGGGCACCGUCGUGUCGAACUCGUCCAUGUCCAACGGCAUCACGGCCGCUCAGGCGGUCAAGAAGUCGAGAGAGGACAAGGAGAAGGCGGCUGCCAUUGACCUUGGUCCCAACUCGGUGCCCAACGGCACUGCCUGA